CUGAUGUUCUAUUUUUAAUUAAAUCAGUUGUUCUGUAUAUUUUCACCUGAAAACACACGAAAUCUCUUGUGUUUCUAUUAAUUUUUUAAUUAAACUAUAAGUUUUGAUUAUUAAAAAAACUGACCUUUUGCAAAACCACAAAUGGAAAAAUAAAUUAAAGAUACAUAUUCUCAUAAAUUGUUUAUCGUUGAAUCACAAUCUGAGAGGAUAAGAAAUGGGUAGUCCAAGUUUGGCAUACGAAGUCCUAAUCUAUUUGAAUUCGUUUUAUUUCGGAAUGUUUGCUUGUUGUGAACUGGGAAUGGGACUGCUUAAGGCAAUUAACUUAUCAUACACGGGGCAUACUCUGGCAAAGGAUUCGGUAAUUUUGGUGGUGGUGUGCAUUUUGGAGACAGUACGAAUCAGAAUGGGACGAAGUGGAUCAUUGGCCGAGAGAGAUUGGAAAGUUAUUCUUUCUGUCUUCCUAACGAUUCCAUGCUUCAUGGGUGUAUCGUAUAUCCUGGUCCUGCAAGCUUAUAAACUGCGUCUCGAAUACCUAAUGUGCACCCUGCAACUGGCAUUGUAUCUAACCGAAAUAUGGUAUGCAAUUAAAUUCGUUUUUUCAUUGUGUCGGCCUGUUACCUACGAUUAAACGAACCGAAACACCAUCUGGCGAGAAAAUUCGAAUAAAAUACCCACAGGCGUAUACAUAAUAAAACUAAAACACGGAAUUGAAUUUAAAAUACAUAAAAUAAAAAAAAAAAAACAUAAAACGGAAAAUAAUCACUCCAAAACAAAACGGCAAUUUUUUCAAACAAAAAAAAAAUCCUAAAAAUCAUCUCACUUAAUUCCCUCGAAAUUGGUUUCCUAAAAAAAAAAUAUUCACGAAAGUCUGAUAAACAAAGUUAAUAAAAAACCAUAAUUUUUUCAAAUGUGAAUAAUAAAAAAAUAACAACUCAACGCACCCUCUGCCGUCAAACAAGUGGAUCAAUAAAUUGAUUAUAAAUUAUAUAUAUAUUGUAUUUUUAAAUGUAAUUAUUAUAAAUAUUUUUUCGCAAUUUUUUUUUUUUUUUUUUAAUUUAAUAUACGAAUAUAUUAUAUUCAUGAUCGAUCUAAAUGUCUAUUUGUCUAUUAACUAAGACAAAACAAAAUAUAAUUUAGGUUUAUUAAAACAAAUUUAAUACGAAAAAAAAAAAUAAAUAUGUAAGUCAUUUUGCACAAACAUCUAAAUAUUUAGGUAUACUUAAUAAAAGUUACCAACAAUUUUGUGAAUCUCUUGAUAGAAAGAAAAAAAAUAAUGUAAAAUUGUAAUAGUAAAUGUGUAGGUGUUUAUAAAACUUAUAGAUUAAAGCAAUCAUACGUAUAUAAUUAUAGAAAUAAUAAUAAUAAAAAAAACAUCCAACAUAAUUAUAUCAA